AGAGAUGAUACCAGUAAUCACGUUCGUUGUUUUUUAUUGUUUCACCGCCUUUCUGCUUUCAACAGCAGACGCUGACCCAUGCCUCGCGAGUAACCACGUGACCAUUGAUGACGUUUGGAGGUCUACCAUUAAUAUGGUUACCGAUGGAUCGUAUCGGUGUGAUUCAGUCAUUGAGUUGGCGUGGUACCGUUUGUCAUCACUGGGUAAUAUAGCAACCUCUUAUCCUGACCUCAAUUCAUGCGGUACAAGUUACCCUAUUUGGAUGGAUGAUGUUUUACCAAGCACCGGUACUACUAAGACUGUGAAGAUGUGCAUGCGUUCCCUGUUUACCUCUUGUCAUAAGACGUGGUCAAUACAACUGAAGAAUUGCCAGUCUUUCUAUGUAUACGAACUAAUACCAACUUCUUUAUGCCCCUCAGCUUAUUGUUUCGAUGCAUUACCUGCCGUCCUAACAACUACCACCACCGCGUCUUAUAUAUCAGACAAUACCACCUACGGCUCACCAUCAAUACAAGCGGACAUCCCUCAGGCUGGAAUCACACUGGGCGCACUGCUUGGUGCGCUUAUUGUGAUGAUACUAGUUGUUGCGGUACAUGUGACGGUUAUGAUAGUUUGCUACAAAAUAACAACCAAAAACAGAAAUCAUGCUGAUGAUCAGGUCGAUCCUCAUCACGAGGUCCCCAUGCAGGCAGGAAUCAAAGUGGAAGGUUUACCAGCGUGACGUCAUUGUUCAGU